CACUGCGCUCUGAUCCCGGCCACAACACACCGCCUCUUCCCGAUCUCACAGCCCGCCUCCGGAGCUCCUGACUGCGGUCUGACACUGGCCGUUAACCGCUGCUGCUGGAGGGGUAUGUUCUCCUGGGCCCCCCUGGAGGACUUGACACCGGCGGAGCGUUAACCCAUGGCGGCAGAGACCCUAGGCGAGCCCCGGGAUCGGAAGCCAUCUUUGCAGGGCUCAAUCGAGGCAUUUCAAGAUGUGGUCAGCUCGGCGGUCAUCAUCCCGAAAGAGGACGGGGUUAUCAGCGUGUCCGAUGACAGGACUAUUCGAGUUUGGCUGAAGAGAGACAGUGGUCAGUACUGGCCCAGUGUCUACCACACAAUGCCAUCCUCAAGCACUUGCAUGUCCUUUAAUCCAGAGACCAGGAGACUGUCUAUUGGGAUGGACACUGGAAGCAUCUGUGAGUUCAUCCUGUCAGAGGAUUACAAUAAGAUGACUCCAACCAACACCUACCAGGCUCACCAGGGUAAAGUGUCUGUGGUCCUGUUUGUGCUGGAGAUGGAGUGGUUGCUCAGUACAGGUCAGGACAAAAGCUUUACGUGGCACUGCUCCGAGAGUGGGCAGCAGCUGGGCACACACCGCACCUCCUCCUGGGUCUCUGGACUCCAGUUCGAUGUGGAGACUCGACAUGCGUUUGUGGGAGAUCAGUCUGGACAGGUGACCAUCCUAAAGCUGGAGCAGGACUCGUGCAGCCUGGUCACCACCUUCAAGGGACACACUGGUAACGUGACGGCGCUGUGCUGGGACCCUGUUCAGAGAGUGCUGUUUUCAGGGAGCUCAGAUCAUUCUAUCAUCAUGUGGGAUAUUGGGGGCAGAAAAGGCACUGCCAUCGAACUGCAGGGACACAGUGAGAAGAUCGAGGGUCUGUGUUAUGCGUCUCACACUCGACAGCUCAUCUCUUGCAGCUCAGAUGGCUCUAUUGUCGUCUGGAACAUGGACGUCACAAGACAAGAGACUCCUGAGUGGUUGGACAGUGACUCGUGUCAGAAAUGUGAGCAGCCGUUUUUCUGGAACUUCAAACAGAUGUGGGACAGUAAGAAGAUCGGCCUCAGACAGCACCAUUGUAGAAAGUGCGGCCAGGCAGUGUGUGGAAAGUGCUCUUCUAAGCGUUCGGCGAUUCCUCUGAUGGGUUUUGAGUUUGAGGUGCGAGUUUGCGACAGCUGCUAUGGCUCCAUCACAGAAGAGGACCGGGCGCCCACAGCCACGUUUCACAACAGCAAGCACAACAUUGUUUACAUGCACUAUGAGCCCACCACGGGCUGCCUGCUCACCUCUGGUACAGAUAAAGUCAUCAAGCUGUGGGACAUGACGGCUGUGGUAUCCUGAAGUCUUUCAAAAUGUGACAGUGGAGAACAGGAAGUUUUUUUUUUUUUUUUUUUUUUUUUUUCAAGCAGCUGGAAAAUGUUUGUUUUCUGGUACACGUUUACAUCAAGAGUUACUGCAGGAAGCACACAAAGUUAAGCCUUCUUUAUAUAAGGCUGUGAGGGUAGUGUUCUUUUGUAGCAGUAAUGAUGAUACUUAAAACCCUGCACCAGAUUUGUUCAAUAUAUUUGAGCAAAAUGAGUACAAAUAUAGUGUAUAAACAGCUCUUGUGGUAAAAAUAAGUCUGCUGUGUGCUAUCUGCAUCUAAUUAUACAACUGCAUCUAAUUAUACACUUCCUGGUUGUCCGAUAAUCAGGAAGUGUGCCUUCAGUAUGCUAAUUGUUGUUAGCUUUACUGUCACCGCAAAAUUCCGCACUGGUCUCUGAGAGUUGUGAAAAGCGCUUAUAAACUCAUCACGUUGAAUAAUUAGUAUUCUCAGCACGCAUAAGGUAAGAGGAAUAACUGGACCAUUUCAAAUUGCUUCAAAUGAACUAGUUCUGUUUUUCACGUUUUUAAGAUGCUUAAAAUCAGAUAUAACACGUUAAAUUAAUGUGCGGUUUUAGCAAUAGAUUAUCAUUCAAUGGCAGCAGUGUUUUAGUUUGUACAUUUCAGUGCAGAUAUCAUGUCCAUCUUACAGGUGGAAGCAGAGAGUUAGUGUCAAUUCACUCACAAGGGAACUGUAAAAAAUAACAUACUUUCUGAGUGGUACAUUGAUUUACAAGCUAUUUUAUGUUAAUUUAUCUUUAUAUUUCUCAAAAAAUAAAGGUGUACUAUGUAACUUUUCUGAAGAUGUUAUUGCUUUGCUUGGAAUGUUCCACAGUCAUUAAAUGGCGUUAAAUUUCCCUAUCUUGCAUUUAUUCAGUUGCGUUUUAUUGCUUUAAAAAACAACUGGAAAAACAUGCAUUCUUAUUGUGAGCGGGCUUGCCUUUCCACUGAUCUUACAUUUAACUUGUUCUAAUUGCCUGCUUGCCUCCAUAGAGCUCUAUAUUGCCGUACUCUGGAACAUUCCAGGCAGAGCAAAUAACAAACAAGCAGACCCUCCAUCAGAAGCGUUACAUAGUGCAACUUUAAUACCAUCCAUCUGUUUAGAGAUGUAGAGUGGUGGGCAUUACUAGAUCAUGAUUUGCACCAACUUGUCCAAUUCACUCAUGUAUGAAUUUGUUUUGCUAUUUCUGUUGAUUGUUUUUCACUUAAAGCUGUGUAAAAAAAAUGUAAAUUAUUAUCCGUUUUCUGUUUACAGUAAAGACCUAAAUCAUGUGCAAUUUUACCGAAUGUGAUCACAAAUCCAUUGGUGUUGUACUCAAGAUCAUUUUUCCUUACUGUAUGAAGCUAUAUGUUGCUAAUGCUAUCAUAACUGUAUCACUGGGUUUCACAGCAUUACAGGAGCUUAUAAUAUUUAAUACAGAUGAGAGGCAAAGGUCACAAGCCUAGUCAUUAGUUGAAAAUAUAAGAUCCAGCAGUUGUCUAUUUUACUUUCUGAUAUUUCUUAAUUAUCAAUAGGGAAAACUGAUUUAAACUGCAGAGUAUAAUCAGCACAUGGGAUAACAACACCCUUUGCAAUUUCCCCUCUGAUUAAAAAUACACUAUGUAACUUUUCUGGUAGAGGGGUCCACCACCUGCUUGCCUCCACGUAGAUGUCAUUGCUUUGUCUCGAAUGUUCCACAAUAUGGCAUUACACUUAUCUAUCUAGGAUUCAUUUCACUAUGGAUGUUUCUAUGGCUCAAAAAUACCUUGUAAAACAUUGUUACUGUGAGCGGUCUUGCCUUUCCACAGAUUUGACUUGUAACUUGCUUGUCUCCAUGCGUAAUAUUCAAGAAUCUCCAUGGAGACAGACAAGUAAGUGACAAACCAGAAAAGUUACAUGGUUAUGCACUAUUAUUCCACAGACUAUGGAAGCACUGGUUAAAGUAAAUCAAUGUAGCUGCUAUUCGGUGAAAUAAAUGUUUUCUUGAUCAUUUUGUUUACUUAAAUUUAAAAUAAUUUUGUUUUGUACAUGUACCUUGUGGCAUUUCCUGUAUGUGCAAAUAUUAAAAUUUGAAGAUAUAAAGUAAGAUUUAUAAAGAA